AGAAGAUAUAUAACAUGUAAAAUAGUGAGCUUUAAAUAUGCUGGUAGAUGGAUUUUGUUACGGACAGAGCCAGGCUAGCUCCAGUCCAGCUAACGCUAACUACAUAUUUUAAACUAACCUAGCUAUUGUAACGUUAUUAAUCUUCUCAUCUAGCUAACGUUAAUUAUCUGCAAGAAAGCGAACAAGCAUAUAUGAAAGAAAGUUUAUUCUUGACCUAGAAAACAGUAAGUUAGUUUGACAAAAGAAUCCCAACUCAAGUGCAGUCACUUGCUAGCUUUUUCCGAAGCAGGUCUUCACAGUUUUCACGGCCCUGUUGCAGCCCGACGUAUGCUAUGUUUCAGACAGUCGCCCGACCGUUAUCCCUCAAAUUUCCGACGGCAUUAAACGCAGCAUCAACUCCAUAGGGCAGCGACAGAGAAGUAAGAGAGUUUCCGCAUCAAACUCGUCCAAACAACGAUCCUACCAUGGCAACAGCACGAAUUUGUGUCCUGUUUGUUGUCCUUUCUACGACUUUAGCGGAAGACGUUAAAUUAAAAUAUAAACCAGCCACCAAACCUGUCCGAUUAUUCACCGAGGAGGAGCUGAAGAGAUACGACGGCAGCGAGGAGGCACAGCCUAUUUACAUGGCAGUAAAGGGGGUGGUGUUUGAUGUCACCAAGGGAAAAGAGUUUUAUGGAAAAGAUGCACCAUACAAUGCCAUGGUUGGUAAGGACUCCACUCGGGCUGUGGCUAAGAUGUCCCUGGACCCAGCAGACCUGACAUCAGAUACUACGGGCCUCACUGAAGAGCAGCUGAAGUCUCUGGAUAGUAUAUUUGAAGGCACGUACAAAAAAAAGUAUCCCAUUGUGGGUUACACAGCGUCACGCAUCCUCACCGAGGAUGGAAGUCCCAACAAAGACUUCAAACCAGAGGACCAGCCUCAUUUUCAAAUCAAAGAUGAGUUUUAAUCUCAUUUUACCUUUUUUAUAAAAUGUAGUGGUGAAAAAGGUUUUUUUUUGUUAGCUUUAUGAAUACUUUCUCUUUACUUGACCAGAAUCAAACCUAAUUUACUUGAACUAAAGGUUUACAUGAUCCUUUAUUAUCUGUGAGAGCUUUAAUGUGCACAGUCCCCAAGAAACCAUUUCAAUACUUAUUGUACCUUUUUUUUUUUAAAAUGCAUUAUGUCAAGAUUAAAAUAAGGCUGUUUAAAUAAACAUCAGGGAAUACAGAGUAAAUUGAUCCAGAUUUAAUGAUCCCAUCCAGACAUGUUUUAAGACACAUAAAAAAUACUGUUUCCGUUUCGAGUUCAAUUACCUUGGUAAAAAUUCUUAAAAUUACAUCUACAUCAUCUCUUAAUAAAUGCCAAUUAAUUUUCUGUCAAUUGACUAUUCCAUUAAUUGUUUCAGCUCUAGAUUUUUGUAUACAAUGUUGUCAUUAAAUGCAUUAUCCAUUAGAAUAUUUAUGUAAUUAAAAAACACUGAAUGCGUACAUGAUCAGAAUCAGUCCAUUUGUUUUCUGCCUGAUUUUGUUUUUGUACAAUUACCAUUAAAGUCUGUAAAUCUCAAAA